AUGGGAAAAACCAAAUUUACCGCCUUAGAACGUAUAAACUCAAACGACUAUAAAGAAGAUUUUUAUGAAUCAAAUAAUAAAAUGUUUUGUAUCGCUUGCAAAACAGUUGCUAAUCAUGCCAGAAAAUCCAUAAUCAACAAUCACCUUAAUUCAGCAUCACAUAAAAAUAAAAAAAGUGUUAUAGAAGCGUCUUCAA